AUGGGAAUUGAUGGGUGCAUAGCCAGGCUCAACAGAAAAGUGGAUAGGAACAUGAAUAUCUUACUUGAUGCAAAGUUCUCGGCUGGGGAGGUAAAAGAAGCCUUGUUCCAGAUGAAUCCCCUGGGCUCUCCAGGACCAGAUGGAUUCCUUGCUAAAUUCUACCAAGUACAUUGGGACAUUGUUGGUGAUAAGGUUACUCAAGCUGUACUAGAAGUUCUCAAUUUAGGGGGGGAUAUUAGUGGGAUCAACAAAACUUUUAUAGUACUCAUUCCCAAGGUAAAAGGCCCUAAAACUGUUAUGGAUUUCAGACCCAUCUCUUUGUGCAAUGUCUUAUAUAAAGUGGUAUCAAAAGUCCUAUCCAAUAGACUUAAGAUGAUCCUCCCUCAAAUUGUCUCCCCAACACAAAGUGCCUUUGUCCCUGGGAGAUUGAUCCUUGAUAAUGUAAUAGUGGCUUUUGAAACCAUGCAUUCCAUUUCCAUUAAAGGAGGGAGACAGCAAGGUCAUAUGGCCAUUAAGCUUGACAUGAGUAAAGCAUAUGACAGGGUUGAAUGGGAUUUCCUACGUGCUGUUAUGAUUAAGUUGGGAUUUACUGAGAAGUGGAUCAGAGCACAAGUUGAGGAAUGGGUCACUAUCAACUCUCUACUCAGUACUUAUGAAGGGGCCUCGGGACAGAAGAUCAACAAAGACAAAACUUCAAUCUAUUUCAGUGCCAAUACUAGACCAGAAACUAAAGAGUACAUCUUGAGGAUUGCUAGCACCAAAGCUACCACGUGCUAUGAGAGGUAUCUUGGUCCACCUUCUCUGGUAGGGAGAUCAAGGUACAAAGCCUUCACAAGCAUUCUUGACAGAGUGAGAAACAGGGUGAGCAACUGGAAGACUAAGCUCCUUUCACAGGAAGGGAAAGAGAUUCUCCUCAAAGUAGUCAUUCAAGCUCUCUCUAUGUAUAGUAUGGGAGUUUUCAAGCUUCCCAAGGUGUUGUUGAAAGAAAUUGAUAGAGUGAUGAACCAGUUCUGGUGGGGCCAACAAGACAAGGGAAAUAAAGUGCAUUGGCUUCCCAAGUACUCAAGGCAAAAUACUUCAGAAGCUCUAGUUUCAUUCAAGCCAAAUUGGGGGCACGACCAUCACUUAUUUGGAGGAGUAUUUGGUCUUCAAGAACUCUCAUUGAGAAAGGAUCUAUGUGGAGAAUUGGCAAUGGGAAGGAGACCAGAAUCUGGAAGGAUAGAUGGUUACCUCAACCAUCAUCCUUUAUGGUUCAGAGACACGGGCAAGACUUUGAUGAGGAAGCUAAAUUCAGAAGAGACAGCUGACCAUAUAUUGUGGAACUGUCCCUCAGCCAUGGAUGUGUGGAGUAAUGGGCCAAAAACAUUACAAAAAAGCUCUGUGAGGGCAGAGAGUUUUGUGAAGAUAGUUGAGGGGUUAAAGGACCAGUGUGAUUUACAAACUAUGGAGGCUUUUGCUAUGACAGCAAGGGGUAUCUGGCAGAGGAGAAACAAGUUUGUUUUUGAGGGAUCAUUCUUACAUCCAAAAGCACUAGCACAGAAUGCUGCUCAUCAACUUGAUGACUUCAGGGUUGCUCAGGUGGUUCCUGUGUCUGUUUCCCAGAUGCACACCAGCCAUGCUUCAAGUUGGAUCCCACCACCUGAGGGAGUAGUAAAGAUAAACUGGGAUGCAGCAUUGAGUGAAGCUCGUGACAGGGUGGAUUUUGGUCUGGUAGCUCGAGAUCAUGAAGGUGGUGUAAUAGUUGUAAAAAAGGUAUCUAAGGGUGGUUGUGUUGUUCCACUACUGGCAGAGGCAAUUGGAGGGCUUCAAGCUGCUAUUUUUGCAUCAGAGUUGAACCUGUCUUCAAUGAUCUUGGAGGGUGACUCUCUUCAGGUAGUCCAAGGACUUAGUCUUCACAAAGAAAGGUGGGAUAGUGUAGGGUUGGUUAUGUCAGACACUAGAGAUCUGCUUACUCGGUUUGUACAUUUUAGUGUUUCAUUUGUCAAGAGGUGUGGUAAUCAAAAAGCACAUUGUCUAGCUAAGGAAGCCUUAGAACUUCCUGAGGAAUCAUCUACAAUGGUCAUUCAGCCCAAUUGUAAUAUGUUUUCUUCUUUGUCCUUAAGUUGA